ACCCCCUCCUGUAACUGUAUCCCUGCAGAACACGUGACGCAAGACUUUAUUUCCACUGAACCGUUUUGUGCACCUCAGUGUGCCAAGGGAAGCGCCGUCCACAGACCUGUGAUUGUGAUGACUGAUGGGCACACAUAUAACAUUCAGCAGUGUGGAAAAUGAGAAUUUUACGAUGUAUUUGAACAUGAAAUGCUGUAAGCAAAGAGAGAUGGCAGAAGAAAAGGGAAAGUAGAGAUUUGCGGCUGAGACAUGAGUCCUGCUGAGAGGCUGAAGGUGCUGCUCUUCUUGGCUUUGUUCUUCGGAGCAGCAGGGUUUCUGUUCACGCUGCUCUCCUGUGGGACCGAGUACUGGCUGCUGGCUGCCGAGUCCUGCAGCCGGCCAGAGGAAAGCCAUGGAGCAAGUGGCCUCGGAGAGGGGAAGAGCAGCAGGAAGACUUUGGAUGAUGUGAGGAUCUUCCAUGAGGGUCUGUUCUGGCGAUGCUCCUUCGUGGCUCUUUCAAAUGAAUACUCUAUGUGGGACCUCUGGAUCUCAAACCAGCCAGCAUCGAAGCUGUGCCAGGCCGCCUUCCUCUUCCCAUUCCCUGUGAGUGAGCCCCUGCGAUCACGGGUGGAGCCUCGUGGUUUGCCCACAGGACCUUAUGAGCACCACUCUGCCAUUGUUUUCAGGACCUUCUGGAGCAUCUUCCUCGUCACAGGCUUGACAGCCAUAGUCACUGGGGGGUUUGUGGUCAUCUGUGCUGGCCCCCUGUCCAAUCACAAGCUAUUUAAAGUGGGAGGGGCCCUCCAGCUUUUUGGAGGUCUGAGCCUGCUGGCAGUGGUGCUGAUGUAUCUGAUGUGGGUCCAGGUCUUGGACAUUCUGGAGCAGUUUGCCCACCAUCAGAGUGUCUCUGGCUGCCCCUCCUUCCACCUGAACAUCCAGCACGGACCCUCGUUCCUGCUGGCUCCUGUCGCUGUCUUCUUCUGCCUUCUGGCUGGCCUGCUCUUCCUCCUGGUCAGCCGGAGUAUUCAGGCGAUUCAGCUGGAGAAAAGAGGCAAAAUUCCUGAACUUCCAGUGUCUGAUGGCUAUGUGUGAUUCCCUAUUGAAUAUUGAAGAUCCACUUAAUCGGAAGGGAGAAAAAGAAUUCAAUUCUUCAAACCGCUUUAAAGUAAAGGUUUUAAAUUAGUUGUGUUAAGAAUUUCUGGAAAUAAGUACUUAUAUAAGUAAGGACUUACUUAAAAUAUGACAGACAGAAGGAGUCAAAGACAAUGGGAAACAAAAAGACAGCAGUGGUUUGACUGACAAGUGUUCAGUUUAACUGCAUGGAGAAAACCAAAGUUCAGGAUCACAGAUGUGGAUCUUUCUGAUUCUCUUCAAUCAGUGAGGAUGAUUAGAAUCCUUAAUUUGAAGCUGGUCCUUUAUUAAAGAUUUUUUUAAUCGAUGUAACAGAUCCUUUGUGAUUAAUACCCCAAUACUCCCACUCUGUUUUUUUUUUUUUUUAUUAUUAUUAUUCCUAUAACUGAUGAAUCAUUUUUGACACAAGUGGAGAGAAGAAGCCUGCCUGGCUGCUGGUGUGUAGGUCUGAGGGAUUGAGUAGAUUGAGUGUGUCCAGGCCUGCCUGUCAUCGGGACAUCAGGUUGAAGCUCUGGAAUAAUUGGGUCAGAAGGAUGGAGAUGAUAAUAAAUUAGGCUGUCAUAAUCCAUUUUGUGACUGGAGCAUCACUUCAGGGACACCUCAGUGCCUGUAAAACACAAAAGAGCCACGAGAGGGCAGUGUUAUCCCAGCAAAAAUGUUUGGAGUCUUUUUUAACCUCAUUAAAUCACUUCAUCCCGACUUCUUCCAACGAUGUCCGACAACAUCACAGCAAAGUUGCAGUGUUUGCAUCAGAUUAUACUUACAUAGGAUGGAAGCAGGAGAGAAAUUUGUAAGUGAUAAUUAAUUCAACUUCUUUAAUUUUCCUGACAAACAAAAAGAAAAUGAUCCUACUCCCCUCCCCCUUCAAGUUCAGUAUGUCUGACAUUAUAUUAGGAGGAGGAGGGGAUCGUGGAAGCCCGCAGUCACACCUUGAUAAUUGGAAAAGGCAAACAGAAGUGAGACCUUGCAACAAUAGUGACAAAAGGGAGAGAAAGGGGAAGGCAGAGAGUUGACACUGCUCGUCAGUGAGUCUUUCAAUAUUUUUCCAUGUCUGACGCUCUUGUGCCUCUCCAUCCCUUCUCUUCUUCUUCAUCUCCGCUGUGAACUAGGUGAGUAUAAUUACACCUGAGCAUGUCACAUUCACUUCCCCGGCCAUCAGCGUGUUUAAACAUCUGUCACCUCCUCUCCCUCGUCACGCAGCCAGUGCAGUCAGGGGUUUAAAGGGCGAUCUUUAUUUUCUAAUGAAUGCGGGGAGAUCCAGUCAUAUUGCUUGAUUUCAAUCUUUGAAAGCAGGAUCGUGGCAUAUUCAUUACUCGGGUCCGGGAGUGGAUGUGGUUGCCUACUGUUGUAGCUGUCAACCUCGGACUCGCACACAUUUAUACACUCUCCACCAACAGUGCUAGUACUUUACAUCACAUCAUCGCCCCGGGUCUUUUGUCCUCUGUAGAUGGAACUGUCCACGGCAAUUACUGCGGGGGCAACAGAGACAUCCGAAGACCAACUUAAGACACCCGAACUCAUCGCUUUUAUUUCUUUUGAGACAUUUUACCGCAAAGUUUAAUUUACUUCCUUACUUUUGACUUUUGCUGGUAGAAUUUUUAUUAUUCCAAAUCCAAAAUAGCUGCACCUCCUGUCAGCUCACUACUUGCAGUUCAACUUUUCAGACUAAGAGCUGCAUUCACUUGUGUUGCAUGUUACACUAUGCACUUACAGUACUAAGACUGGUACUAAUGUGAGAAUGCUGUUACUGGAAUGUCACCUACGUUGGUUAGUCGACACUUUAACCUCAGCAUGAUACUGUGCAGCCAUCAUGCGGGCCUUCUCUAAGACCCUGUCUCCUGGAGAGCUAUUUGGAAAUCCAAACAUGUCCAGGCUGCACCUUCUGUGCUCUGAGCCAUGUCAUGUACGCUUAAAAUGUCACCUCAAGCACACAGUGUGCAAAACACAAAUCACGCUGUACUGGACGUCAUUAAAAAAACAAACAAACAAAACAAAUAUAAUGAGCUGCCAUUAAAGGCUUGGACACAAGCUUUUCUAUGAUCCCACCACCUUCCCUGAACCUCCCCCUGUUUGCUCCCCACUCUGGAACACUCUACUCUACCUCCACAUCACCCACAGGCCAACCCAGGGGGCACAAUUAUUCAGGCCUUUGCUCAGCCAAGUAGAAGAAAUUAGCCUCUUCUCCUGAACCAAGACCUUCUAACCUGAACCAGGACCUCGGGCUGCCUCUCUGACUAGCAUGACCCCCUGUGACUUCCCUCUCCAGACCUUGUUUUCCAUACAUAUGAGCCCGAGCUGGCCAGAGCCACGCUUGGAUGCCAUAUGGGCUCUCCUUGCCCUGGCAGGCAGAGUGGGGCCGGGGAGCUGCAGGCUAUAAAAUCCAACACCCCCACACCUCCACUGCUGCUGUGCCGUACUCCCCUCCUGGAAGGAUGCUGGUGUCUUCGGGCCGAUGAUAUGCUUUUACAACAAUUCAAGAAAAGGGCUAAGAUGGCGAACAGCUGGGCUGAGAUGUCAUUCGCUGUGGCCUUAGAAGCUGUAAUUGGAAAACCAAUAUUAGAAACUUAAUUUAGGAAAAAAGACCAAAAGUUGUGUAAGUUAUAGUCUACAUUUCAAAGUUUUCAGCUGACUGCAGGUAAAUAUUUAAAUGAGGAGUUAGGGAAAAUAAGAAGUUGUAUAAUGAAUUCUAUUAUGACAGCGUAUGUUCUCAGGGUGUAGAAUAAGAGCUUCUCGUUCUCCUUUUAUUCUUUACUUGAACUUUUCUGUAAUUUGACUUAAUUUAUUUUCUUCAUUCAAAUCAUUUUGAGUCACAGGUGAUUCCAUUCCCAGUGUCUCUGCUGACAGAUCUUACCUUUUCUUCUCCUUCGCCUCCUGUCUGCUUUUGCCUUUUUCAACCUUCUAGUUCACCUAUUCAGGCCAGUCAGUGGUGGAUAAUGAGGUCUGUGGCCUGGCACUGUGUUCUCUCACUCUUAUAGUACAGUAGGAGUUUGAAAAUUGUCAAAGCUUUGCAAAUCUGCCAUUAUAGAGCCGAAGUAUGCCACAGUGUGUUCAUGAAAACCAAAGCCUGAAAAGAACUGGUGUUGUCACAGUAAACUGAGUGUGAGUCAGUUAGGCAACAUGUCAGUAGAGCCUCGUUUAGCUCUGAGCCAUUAGGUGUCCUUGGCCAACACCGGCCCAGGGUCCAAUUACAGUCAGUUUAGGCACCUCAUGAUUUCCAUUCAGAGCUCAUGUUGGAAGCCUGUUUUAUAUAUAGAGGAGGGCUAGUAAAGGAGUUUGGGUUGGUGGGUGAUGUGUUGCAUA